AUGAAUGUCCGGCAGCUUGCCCGAGACGGGGUCUCUGGCUCCUUACGGAAACUCAUCAUAUCAUUCCGCACAGCGGCACAGUCCUCGUUCCACCAGUCACGCUUCACAAAAUUCACCUUUCCCCAUGCGACGCCGAACAUCUCCCUAGCACACGUCCCGAUUAGGGACGCGGUCGCCACAAGCAGUAUUGGCGCCACCGACAGCCCCUUCGCCGCCACUGCCGGCGCCGCCACUGCCGUACCAGCCUCCGUACCAUCUGCCACCGGGGGAGUUCCCGAAGUGUUGGGGCGCCUGCGACCCCGCACCCCGCGCGCGUUCCUGCCCGCCGACUUGCUGCGCGCGGCUCCUGCGGCAAACAACAACAACAACAACGAUAACAGCAACAACAACAACAACGAUAACAGCAACAACAGCAUCCGCAACCACGCUGCAGCAGCGGCACUAAACGCCGGCGGCGGCGGCGUGGAGCCCAGUUACACACCGGGUUCGUCCACGCCAAGAUCCGGUUCCGUCGGCAAUGCACAGGUCAGCUACAGCUCCGCCGGCGGCGCCGCUACUGGCGGCACCGCCGCCGUCGCCGCCGCUGCCGGCGGUGGUGGCGAUGACUUGUACUCCUUUGAAGCCACAGAGGGCAUCGCGGGGUUUACAGCACACGCGGACGAUAACACGAUACGGCAGUCCGUUUCGCAAUUCGAUUUUCAGUCGCAGCUACAGCUCCCGCAGCAGCAGGAACGGACCCGUGGGUCGUUUCUGCUACAGCCCAACACGCUCGUGUCUUCCUCUGUAGCGUCGUCCGCCGCAACCUCGGCUGUAGUCGUCACCAUUGGCACCAAUGUGCCGUCAGCUGGAGUGAAUUCCGGGCUACAGUCGCAACAGCCGCCGCCGCCGCCGCCGUCGCGGGCCAGCCUGGCGGCGGCGCUGGCGCACACAGGCGACGGCUCGCUCAGCGCCGCAUCCUGGCUACAGCCACCACCGCCGGUGACGCCGCCGCCACCGUCGCGAAACAGCGUCCCGCAGCAGCAGCGGCCGGAGCAGCAGAAGAUGUUGACUCAACAGCUAUCCGAGUCGUACGGAUCUGAAUCUACCGUAUCCACGUUGCAAAACAUGUACGGCGGAUCUACAGGGCUGAGGCCGCAGCUGCAAGCCGGGACGUGGGGUCAGGAAAGGUCGAUGCCGACGCCGACGCAGCAGCAGAGGCAGGCGGAGGUGUUGGCGGCGACGGCCAAAGCGGCGGCUGAGAGGCACCAAGGUCCGACGUCAGCGGAGGUGGCGGCGGCGUUCGCGGCGUACCUGUCGGGAGGUACUGGCGGCGGUGGCGGAGGCGGUGGCGGCGGCGGCGGCGGCGGAGAGCGGCUACCGGCUCCCUUCAGCACGUGGUCGGGUGCGGCCGUCUCCACCCUCUCCGCCUGCUCACAAACCUCGCCGCCAGCGCCGCCGACAACUCCCGUACAGCUAUCACCGCCGACAGACGCUGCGGCGGAAGGCGUUACAGCGAGCGGCGAUGUACGGGACGGAUGCGGCGUCAAUCGGGUGCCGCAGAGGCCCUCAGACAUCGCGGAGCCGCCGCCGCCGCCGCCGCCAUCGGGCCUGGCGCCGGUUGAAGCUCCACCCCGGGGGCUUGUCGAAGGCCCUGCGCACCCAGCAAACGUAAGCGGCGUUGGCGGCGACAGUAUCACAUCGCGACGAACGACAGACGGUGUCACAGCCCUGGAUGCUGAUGCCGUACCGCAGAUUCCCAGCACAGGCAGCGGGUACGAUGUCUGCGCCCCUGUUUAUGUGCCGUACGGUCGAGAGAUGGGGCUCAGGGGAGGUGGUGCAAGAAGCGCCAUUGUCGUCGUCGGCAGUAGCGGUGUCAGUGCAGGCGGCAGCGACGGCGGCGGUGGCGUUGGCAGUGGCACUCUGGGUAAUAGGACGCUGUCGUGGGCCUUACGCACAGCGCCAGCGGGGUGGGAUUCCGCGUUUUCCCAUACGGGGUCGUUUCCCGAUGGCGGCACCCGCCGCCGCCGCCGCCGCGGUGGCGGCGGCGGCGGCAGGGUCGCCGCCGGCACCGGCAUCGAGGGUGGCGCCGAAACCUUGGAAGUAAACAGCGGCGCUCCCGUCGGCCGUACGGCAGAUAGGCGCAUGGGACGAGCUGCUGCGGCGGCGGCGGCUGGCGCGGAGGCUGCGUUACCCAGACCCGAGUUCACGUUCGGCGAACCUAGGUCCUUGUGUUCCCGGAGGCGCUCGUCCAUGGCCGUUGUGUCCGUUUCGCAAUUCGAUUCUCAGUCGCAGCUACAGCUCCUGCAGCAGCAGGAACGGACCCGUGGGUCGUUUCUGCUACAGCCCAACACGCUCGUGUCUUCCUCUGUAGCAUCGUCCGCCGCAACCUCGGCUGUAGUCGUCACCAUUGGCACCAAUGUGCCAUCAGCUGGAGUGAAUUCCGGGCUACAGUCGCAACAGCCGCCGCCGCCGCCGCCGUCGCGGGCCAGCCUGGCGGCAGCGCUGGCGCACACAGGCGACGGCUCGCUCAGCACCGCAUCCUGGCUACAGCCACCACCGCCGGUCCUUGUGUUCCCGGAGGCGCUCGUCCAUGGCCGUUGUGGUAAGAACCGUUAG